UGAAAUGAGGUGAACGUUUCAAAAGGUCUGAUUAGGUUGUGUAUCAGUCACACAAGUCAAACUUGCAGGCAUUUAAUGGAAUGAUAUCCUGCUCCAACAAAUAAACAUUUAUUUUGAUUAGUAUUAAUCUUAUAACAAAAUAUAACUUAAAACAAGAAAGAAGAGCAGACAUGACUGUAGAAAGACUGUAACGGGAUAGAACAAAGCAGCACAAGGACCUAGUUGGACAUAAUGUAGGAUAGCUGGAAUAUGGCAUUGGAACAAAUUUAUUACAGUAUCUUGCUCUCUGUUGGAGGGAAUGCACAGAUAACAAAAAGGGUUUUAUAUUCCAUCAGAAGAUGGUAGAACUGAGCACAGUUGCUAUUGGAUUGUUCCUCUCUCUUGAAGUUGGAUACUUUCUUAAAGCUGCCAUAUAUGGCAUCACCUCCAAGUUUUUCCUAUCAAGAAUUAAUGCUUUGUCACCAUCAACAUUAUAUGGCAUAUGCACAACCCGUGACAUAGACUUCAUGCUCAACCAUAUAAACAAUGCACGAUAUCUCCGUGCCAUGGACUUUGGCAGAGUAGACCAUUGCCUCCGUGCUGGAAUAUACCAGGCCGUGGCAAUGCAAAAGGCAAAAUUGCUAGUUGCUGCCAGCACCAUUAGGUACCGCAAGCCUGUGUACUUAUUUAUGCCUUACAGGCUUCAUUCUCAGCUUGUGUACUGGGAUGACAGAAACCUGUACUACCGUCAGGACUUCGAGACCAUACAUGAUAACUUUCUUCGAACAACUGCCUAUGUUAAAUUGGCAGUGGUAGGAUCAAAGGCAGAAGAAAUACUGCUUUCUGCUCUGCCAGAAGGUCUAGAACGACCCGAAGCCCCAGAGGAUCUGCUUUCAUGGAUACAGUAUAAUCAGCAAAGCAGCCACUCUCUCAAAAAACAUCAAUAAAUUCAUAUUUAGCAGAAUUUAUUGAUUAACUAUUUAUGUCUAUUUAUGUAGAAAGGUAUUAACCUAGUUAUACUCAAUAAUACAGAAUUAGGUUAAAAGCUUUAGUGCACAAUAAUAGUAUUACAGUAAUAAUUUAAUUUUUAUAGAUAAUGCUUUACCCUCUCUUACUUAAAGAAUAAAACUAUAGUUCAUUUUCUGUAUGUAUCUAUAAGGCAAUUAUGCUUUUGUCCAAAUUCUUGUUUCAUGCCAUUUAGUUCCAAACAAUAGUUUUUACUAUUACACUCCAAAAAUAAAUAUUAUAAGGUCAGGAGGUGGGAAUUUUGAGAAUGGGGAAGGGAUGAGGGAAUUUAUUUUAUAGCCUAUUAAUUUAUUAAAAUAUAGGGAUAUUUCAUGCUGCGAUUUGAAAAUGGUAUGCAAAUAUUUUAACAAAAGUGAAGAAAUGUAUGGUUGGUGGGAAAGUUUAGAAAAGUCUAAGUCAAAACCAGAAACUUUUCUGUGAUUACCCCUUAAUAACUACCGGUGCAUUCAGCUCUGGUACCAGACCUCUGGACUUUCCUAGAUCUAUCAAACACCGGGAACAGAAAAGUGUAUUCUUAUUGAGGCAAGGGAAGUGAGGAGAUCAGAGAUCAACACAAUAACAAAAAACUUCCCAUAACAUAGAGGCAAAUCAAAAUAAACCACAAAUUUUGAUUAGAAAAAGAAAGAACAGAAAGUGUAGGAAACCAUAGUUUAGUGAUGGUCACCCAGGGGUCCAAGAAGCCAACAACCUCGCUCACAUGCCAUAUACCAACAACCUCAGAAACACCAGCUUCUGAGGUUACCUAAUCUUGUGUUCUCUGGAUAACUGGUGUAGCAUUCCUAGGGAGGCUGUUGUCCCACUAAGGUCUGCUUUGUGUCUUGUUCCAAGUUACACUUCCCAACUGUGUUUAUGCUACCUCCCUUACAUUAUUAACUCUCUCCAUCUUUGCUUUAUGGCUCGUUUUCUUUACCAUCAGCUCAUUUGUUCAGUUUCUUUAACAGAAUUACUGUACCUUCUUUGAAAGGUUUUGGUUUUCCCUCUCGAGUUGCCCCAGUGACUGAGUAGUACUGUACUUAGGACUUAGUCGUCUGGGCCAGACCUGUUGAUGGGAGUGAAAUAGGAUUGCCGUUUGGCAACACGGCUUGCUUUGGUGCUUUCUGCAUUCAGCCCAGAAUCUAUUGGGUCAUGAUUUAGGAUUCCUUUGUUAUAUAAACUCAUUACCAUUAUACAUAUUUCCUUGACAAUUGUUAUUAUGGUUGGUGGGAAAAACUUAGAUUUACUAGAUCUGGCAUCACUUUCACUGCAUUUGGCAUGUCCAGCUGUUCUUUAAUUGUCUACAAAGCCAAUUCUCAUUGCACUUGAAGGUUGUUUGUCAUUCCUCUUUUGGUUGUCAUAAUAUACAGUAUUCCCAAACUAAUUCUAUAUUACAUGAUAUAAACAUAUUUAAAAUAAACACCAGAUAUGGCAACCUUCAUAUGCUGAAUUACAGAAACCAGUUUAGUGUUUUAAAACUCUGACAGUCUUUCCUGUUGCCUUAUAUCACUCCCAAUUUAUUUUUUGGUCUCCUUUAGGCUCUAGGUUUUUGGUAGUCUGCAUGGGUGUUGUCCCAUGUUCUUUCCUAGAUGAGCACAGCAGGUUCAGUUGCUGGUGCUCAGGAGGCCUGCACAAGAAGCAUGUGUGUGUUUAUCCGUGAUACCAGAGCGCAAUGCGCUGGAGGGCUGCCAAGAAAAGGUAAUUUCAUUACUUACAAUUUAGCUUAAUUAUGUAUUUAUUUUUUCCAAACUGGUGUGCCAAGGUGAAUUAACUAUUUCAGUCACAAUGUGAUUUUGUAUUUAUUGAUAUAUUUAUUUAUUAAAAAUAGAUGCUAAUACAAGAGACAAAGUUGCAGGAGGGGCAGGACCUCCAUAAAUCAUUUUAUUCUUAUUGAUUAAAAACCCUUGUCAUUUAUUGCUGCAUGCAACAUAGCAACUGUGUUCUAAAUGGUUGGUUCAUAAUAAGUUACAACACUGAUUACCAUUUCAUACAAAUAAGUGUGUUGCUUUGAUUCAAGUUGUAGAUACACUUGCUAGCUGCUGUGUGCCAAUGUCCCUCCCACUUGUGUGGUGCUGGUUGUGCCUGAUGUGAUUGCGUGCUUGUGAGUGAUACUGAGGAUCAGCAUGACAUCAGGCAGAGCUAUAUAUAAGAUAUACCAUAUAUCUUUGGUAUAUGAUUUUAUGUAUCGGUCGACUUUUAUCACUUGUAUUUUGUUAUCAUCAUUUUCAUGCAUUUUUGAUGAUUUACAUAAUUAUAAUAAUGUAUUUUUAUAUAGUUUAUAUAUAUAUAUAUACACACAUACAUAUUUGGUUUAUGUACAAAUGUGAAUGAAUAGAUAUAUGUGUAUACAGUAUAUAUUUAUAGUUAGUACAGUAUUUAUAACAAUAAGCACAUAAAAUCAAAGCAACCAAUAUGUAUAUAUAUUUAGUAUUUGGCAGCACAUGGAUUCUUCCCAAGCACAUUAAAAAGGGAUGAUGAUGAUGAUGAUAAUGCUAAUGUACAAUAAUAUUGCAGACUCGCCAGAUGGUGUGCAACUUGCAGAUAUGCAGGUCUGUACAUGGUUCAUGGUACAGUAGUUUUUGGCAUAUGUGUCAUUCUUUUCCAAAUUGCUUUUCCAACACUUUGAAAACGUGAACAUUGAGAAAAGACCAAGAAGAUAAAUAUAUAAUAAUUAAAGAGCUAAAUAUUGCUUACAAAUAUUAUUAAUUUCAAUAUAAUUAUUUCUGUUUCCAUUUAUUGUGUUUUAAAUCUGUGUGGUGUUUGUAAACAAAUGUCAAUACCAAUGGUAGAAAGAACAAAAUAAGACUUUGCAUGUUUAAUAAUGCAAGACCUUGCAUGUGGGACCUUACCUUGAGGUUACCUUGAGGUGCUUCCGGGGCUCAGCGUCCCCGCGGCCCGGUCGUCGACCAGGCCUCCUGGUUGCUGGACUGAUCAACCAGGCUGUUAGACGCGGCUGCUCGCAGCCUGACGUAUGAGUCACAGCCUGGUUGAUCAGGUAUCCUUUGGAGAUAAUCCACAUCAUAAUUACCAAAUUAACAACAUUACCUUACAGCAGAUUAAUGAAUAAAAAGGACCAUGAAGUUAGAAUCCAUCAUUCACUGAAAGUUGCACAAGUGGGAGCUGCAGUAAAAAAGCUAACAAAAUCCUAUAAAUAAUCAAGCGAACAUUUGACUUCAAAGAAAAGAAGGUAGUUAUUCAACUGUAUAAAUCUCUGGUGCUUCCCCACUUGGAUUGUUGUAUCCAAGCUUGGAGACCUCAUUGUUCAUAGAGAAAGACAUAGCUGCUUUGGAGAAAGUUCAAUACCGGGCAACAAAAGUCAUUCCAGAUCUAAGUCGACUCUUGUACCAAGAAAGGUUGAGGGGUCACAGAGCUAAUAACACUGCACACCAGACAUGACAGGGCUGAUGUUAUCGAAACUUAAAAUACUAAACAAUUUGGAGGAUAUUGAUCCAGACAACUUCAAAGGGUCAGAUGUAACAAAGAGCAAUGGUUUCAAACUCAACAAGCCACAAUGCAGGACAGAAAACAGGAGAUGCUUUUUUCUCCCAUAGGGUUAUAAACCCAUGGAACUGCCUAUCUGCAGAAGCCAUUAAUAUCAAAACUGCUGAAUUUUAAAAUCCAGCUGAUAAAAAUUAAGACAAAUGGGAAGACCUUUGACAAGCUGCCGGCUUCCUGUCCUUGUCGAGGCCACUAAAGAAAUAGUGGCCCUGAAGUAAAUAGUGCCAUAGCAUGUAGCAACAUAUAGGGCAACCAAAUAUUAAUAUAAUAUCACCUUGAAUACUGUUCCUCAUUUGCAAGAUUCUCUCUCAGUUCACAUUGGCAAUGUCUCUUUUGUUGCUCCUACUUUGCCCCCCCCCCCCAUGGAGGGGUCCUUCUUGUGAAAUUUUGCAAACCCCUGUCCCACAUGGUGAAGGCUUAAUAACACUCAUCCUACAUUGUUGUUUUUCACAACCACACCUAUAUGUGCUGCCUUUUCCAGGGGACAAGCAUCUUCAUGGCAGAACUUUAUGAAAUUUUGGGUGCUAAUAUCGUCAUCUGCUUUCUCUGACUCAAUGUUCCAUUGUGAUUGACUCUUGCAGUACCCUCAUGGCUCUUGGGAGGACUUUAACCCUUUCAUCCUGAGGUGGACGACAUUCAUUACUUCCCAGCCAUAUUGGCGUUACCUUGAAUGAACUUGCAGAUGCCUCCAUCAAGGAGGCCAUUUCGUCCUUGCACUAUUUUGUAGAAAGGGAUUCUUUAUUCCGAUUUCUACCUGGUCAUUCAUUCUGCAAUCUAUGGCUGUUAACAGGAUCAUUUGGUGGGCAUUAAACUAAAUGCUCUUAAAAGUGACCUUUCCCCUUGGCCUUACUUUUACUAGUUUAAUAGAUGAUAGAAAAUGACUUUGGCUAGAAUGCUUAACAGUUACUUUACACCUGUAUAACUCGUGGUCACCAAAUGGAACAACAUCCUGCUCUCUUUAGUCCAAACUGUAUUGUCCCAUUUACAGUCAUGUACCUCCUGAUAGAAUGCCCUAAUUUUAGGGAUGACUUAUGUCAUGCUUUCCUACUCUUCCUAGGAAUUAUUUGUCCCUCGUUAGAAUCCUUGAUAAAUCCGAUGCCUUUGAAAUUGUUCACCUUCCUUCUGUUGUUGUAUAGGAAUCUUGGGUGAUACUAUAUUUUGUGCCUCUUGCACAUCUAGUAUAUUUUGAAUACCUAACAGCAAAGAUGGUGCUCUAUAGUUUUUCCGGCUAAGCGCUUUCUUUUGAUAAUUACUUGAACUCUGUUCAGGUUAAAUAGUAUUCUUGAAAAUAAUGUGCUUAUUCUUUGAUUUUUUGUAUGCUUUUAUGUUAUCACUUACUUUUUUGGCUCAUAAAAAAUAUUGUAAAUCAUUAGUGAAUAGAUGGAAAGAUGAUCUGGAAAGUUAAAGGUCAAAUUAGGGGGUAACAAUCAUUUAUCACACAUCAAAGUCAGCCACCAUUUGGCUGUCAACUGGUAUCAGCAUUUACUAUAAAACAUACAUACAUAACGACAUAAUAAAAUCAUUGUUUUUCAGGGAUCAGGCUGAAACUUAGGGUAUUAGUACCUCAUAGUUGUAGGUUUAUUUCAUGACAUAGUCAUGAAUAAUAUUGCAUAAUGAUAAUUUUUGUUAUUAUAUAUAUAUAUAUUUUGGGGAGGAGAGAUUAUUAAUAUAUAAAUAUAAAGUUUUUAAUUGAUAUACAGGUGUUGAUUGCCAGUACAUUGUAGAUUUAAGUUUACUGCAAGAAUCCAGUGCUGAAUGACACUGGUUGUGACUUGCAACUGCCAUGUUAGUUGUAGGAAAAUAUUACUAAUAAAUGGAUAUAUUUUUGUUUAUUGUAAUAUUUAGUUCACCUUUAUUAACAAUAUAGUAAAAAAUGUGUAUUAAAAUAUAUAGUGCUGAGUGUUUAUUUAGCUUACGAUGUGUACAGAGCACUAAUUGUAAGAUUAUUUAUACCGGUUAGUAUGCUAUAUAGUCAUACUGGAUUAGUGCUCAAUUUUGAUCAUUUAGCCUAUUAGCUGUUUGACCAUGUUAUGGCACUGCAUCUGUGACAUACAUAUUGCUUCUUAUAAAUGCUUGUGUUUUUAGUUAAUCAUUCCAUGUAACUACAGUACUUUGUCAUUUUACAACAAAUCAUUCCUAGCAAAUGUCAUGUAUUAGUUUAAUUUCCAGAGUAAUUUUAGACCUAGGUCAGAUUAUGUUUGUUCUGACAACCCUUGAGAAUCUCUGUGUACAGUAAUAUCAUCCCUUGCAGAUGAUGCUAGUCUUUCAAUCUCACAGUAUCCUUAAGGUACUUUUUUUUCCUUCAAUUUCACUCAUUACUUUUAGUACUUAAUGUAAUCUCAUAGUGCAACAUGGUUGUGAUUGUAUACCAAAGUGUUUAAAUACAAUAUGAGGAUCUGAAGGUGUCCAAUGAUCAUGCAAA